CUGUCUGCUACACUACUCCACCACCCCGUCUCCGAUUUCGAUUUGAAAUUGCUUCUGCUUUUCACUUCAUUUGUGUCUAAUUUUCUUAAGGAAAUGGCGUCCUGCGCUGCAACCAUGGCAGGAGUGGCUGGAUCCAGCCUCUUCCUCAAGAGGAGCAACGCCGUGCAGGCCUCCGCUUCCCCCCUCGUGAGCUUCGGUGGCCUGAGGCGUGUAACCAAAUUGGAUUCCGUUGCCAUGAGGAGCAACUCGUUUGCGAGCCAGACUGCUAUCUGCAAGUCGUCUGGAAGGGUCACCUGCGAGGCGAACACCGCCUUGACGAUCACUUUGAGCACCGGCGCCCUGCUGUUCCUCGGCCGCUUCGUCUUCCUCCCCUUCCAGAGAGAUAAUGUGUCGAGGCAGGGCUUACCAGAGCAGAAUGGAGUGACCCACUACGACGCAGGCGACACCCGUGCUCAGGAGGUCGUCGGCAUGCUGAAGACCAACGACCCUGCAGGAUUCACCCUCGUGGACGUCCUCGCCUGGGGAGCCUUGGGUCACGCCAUCGGUUUCUUCAUCUUGGCCACCGCCAACAACGGAUACACCCCUCAAUUCUAGACUUCGCAUUAGUCGAGCCCACUGCAAACUUCUCGUAUCUUCACUCAUUUCUGGAUCUCAUCAAUCUGUACCAUAAGGCUGAAGGUUUUGUACAUUGAUGAAGUUUCUGUUGUAUUCUUGUAAAUCCCUUUUGGUGAGGUUUGUAUCUCCUGUUGUGACUUCCCAGUAGAAUUGGUUGUUCGGUUUGAGUUUUUUUCUUGUGAAUAAAUCCCUUGGUUUUUAACUUGAGGAGUAAUGCAAACAGCAUAACCCUAUCAAUAUUAAGAAUAUGUUGAAGAGA